AUGUUGGGUGCUAAUAUUGAUACAGGCGUCUGUGGUUUCCUUUGGCCAACAUGCUCUCGUCUUGUACGGUGCAAUUCAUCAGACAAUUCAUGUCUUCAGCUGGAUACCAUUUGUGUACACCAUCCUCAAUGUGAGGAUUUUCCACUUUGCUAUCCAGUUACAAUGACUAACCAAAACAUGUGCCCACCAAUGAAAAAUAAGAUCAAUCUCAAAUGGAAACAAAAUGCCAUCACUGUGGCUGGUGGAAAAGGAUACGGACAACAAUUAAAUCAACUCAGUGGUCCUUAUGGAAUCUUCAUUGACGAAAAGAAAAAUAUUUUCAUUGCUGAGUUUUGGAAUGCUCGUAUUGUUGAAUGGAAAUAUGAUGCAAAGGAAGGACACAUCAUUGCAGGUGGAAAUGGGGAAGGAGAUCGAAUGGAUCAAUUGUUUUAUCCAACAAGUGUGGUUGUUGAUCAACAAGAUCAUUCGAUCAUCAUUGCUGAUUCGAAUAACAGACGAGUGAUUCAAUGGCUUAAUCAAAAUCAGCAGAUUCUCAUUCGCAAUAUUGACUGUAGUGGCUUGGCAAUGGAUAAAUAUGGAUUUCUAUAUGUUUCUGAUCUUAAGAAGAAUGAAGUGAGACGAUGGAAAAUGGGAGAAUACAACGAAGGAGUUAUAGUGGCCGGAGGAAACGGACAAGGAAAUCAACUCAAUCAACUCAAUUCUCCUGGUUUCAUGUUUGUUGGUGACGAUCAAUCUAUUUAUGUAUCAGAUGCAGUCAAUCAUCGUGUGAUGAAAUGGAGAAAAGAUGCAAAAGAUGGAAUUGUUGUUGCCGGAGGAAAUGGUGAAGGACGAAAUCUUAAUCAAUUCUCUAGACCUCGAGGAAUAAUUGUUGAUGAUUUGGGUCAAAUAUAUGUGGCAGAUGAUGGAAAUCAUCGAGUAAUGCGUUGGUGUGAAGGAAAAGAAGAAGGUGAAAUUGUUGUUGGUAGAAAUGGAAAUGGAAAUCAAUCAAGCCAAUUGAGUAGUCCUAUGGGUUUAUCUUUUGACAACGAAAGAAAUCUUUACGUUGUUGAUAAUCGGAACAAUCGAAUUCAAAAGUUUGAAAUAGUUUUCUGA